CGCGGCAUUCGAAAUCGCUUGGCGGGCAGGGCUUCCUCCUUGUCCUCCUCCUCCGCUGGGGGUCCGCGCGGGGCUGUGCCGGGCCGCGGCGCCACUUCUCGGGGAAAGUGCGAGCCUUGGCCGGUAAGGGCUUGCGGAAGGGAAAUACGGGUGCUGACCCUGCUCGGUGUCGCUCUCUUUAGCGAUGGCGGCGAGGGAGGCCGCCGAAAUGUCCUUCUUCAGCGUGAGCGACGUGAGAGAGCGGAUGCGGGAGAAGAAAAAGGGUGCCUUGAGGACUGCGAAGUUGAAUGCCUCGCUUGCAUCAAAAAUCAAGACGAAGAUCAUCAACAACUCCUCCACCAUGAAAGUCUCCCUAAAGCAGAACAAUAAAGCAUUGGCUCUAGCCCUCAAUGCAGAGAAAGCCAAUGCACAGCGGCUCACCCAGGAGAAGGCCAUCCUGCAGAAGGAGGUGAAGCACUGCCACUUCCAGAACGCUGUGCUGCGGCACAGGCUCUCCUUCAUGAAUAAUAUGUUGAAAAAAAUGGACGAUCUUAUGGCUGAAGUUAAGAUGGCUGAGCUGUCUGAGUUCCAUACAAAUUCUCCAUCUUUGUCCAGUGGCCAGAAGAGCAGCAUGACUGAAGAUAGCUGGACUGAUGAUAUUGCAGAUGGUCAGCUUCUGAGGGUUAUACAGAUGCCAAUGAGAGUGCCCAUUUCCCAGAUACAUGAUGCAGAGCAGCAAGCUAGCAGCUCCACAACAGUACGAACAUCCUCAGGGGAACUUCAGAGACCUGCUUCUAAUGCAGGGGAACUUCAGAGACCUGCUUCUAAUGAGCCCCUGAACAUUUUGCCUCUUGCCUCCAAAGAUACCUUGCCACCACAGCAUGAUGAGAAGCUUCAGUUCCACCAAGAGGAGAAUGGCAAGAAGGUGACUGAAGCAACGGCAACAGAGGAGGCUUUUCAUGACUCACGCAUCUUUGGAGAGGUCUUGUGCACCACUGAACAAAAUCCCAACAAUCUGCCACCACUUGCCUGGGAAAGUCAUACUCUUUCAUAUGAAGCUGAUGAGAUGGUAAAACAUGUCUUUGAUCGUUUUUCACAAGGGCACAUUACUCUGAGGAGAAAACGUUCCACCUUGUUUGCUACAAGCACUCCAUCUUCUGCUCUGGAUAUCUUACAUGUCAGUUCCACUCAGGCAGCUCAGGGUAGUACUGCACAGGACAACAGCAGCUCCAGCAAGAACAACACACAGCAGCAGCUGAGAUCUCCCAGCCCCCUGGCUUCACCUGUUCAAACUGCUGCUAUUUCUCAUAGAAACUCUGUGGGUACAGAGACUUUUUGUGAGCAGCCACAGACAAAAGAAAGGGGGUGUGGUGUUGAAACAGAUCCCAGCUUUAGCCAUGUCCCUGAGUUUGUUCCUGAAAAGGUUAAAAGCAAAGGUAACUGUAAAACUGGAGAGAAAAAGACUGUUAAGAAACCAAGAACAGGAAAAAGGAAAACAACUGCAAUUAAAAACAAUGCAGAAAGUAGUACUGAUAGUUCUCAAGCUGAAGAGUGUGCUCAAAAUACAAAGAUUCUUCAGCCAGAAGUUGCAACAUGUUCUAGUGAGACUGAAGUCUGUGAGAUGGGGCAGAAGGCAUGUGAGCCACCUGCGCACCAUUCCCACUCUCCUGAUGGAAUCCAAGACUUUGGAAGUACCUGUGAUGUGAAUCCAGAACAGCUGCAGAGUCCUGAAAGUGUUGACUUAAUGCAGCAGGUUAAGAAGGGACCUAUCUUUGAGAUGCAAAGUAUGGAGAGCUUGCUAAAACCCCCAGUUCAUACCUUCUCAAGUCAGGAAGUUCCCUCAGGUGAUUCCAGUCUACAAGAUUCUACAAAAUUCUCAAGUGUGAGCAGGAAGAGCAUCAGACAGAAAAUCAAGAGAAAAACUACAGUAAUUAGGCAAAGAGAUGAUUCUGAUGAGGAAUAUCUGCCAAACAAUGUGAUAAUACCAGAGGCCAAAGGUGAGGAACAGCCUAAAAAAACCCAAAGAAGCAGGAAGAAUACUGUCAGGGAAAGCAGUUGUGAUCAGAGAAAUGAAGUUAAUGUGUUUAGGCCCUGGAUAGGCGUUCAAGGAGCAGCUAAUGAGAGCACAAAGAAUUUGUCAGGUAAUCUUAAACAGCGCAGGGAAACAUAUAUUGUCUGUACUUCUGAUCUUGCAGGAAACUUGGGUAGUUUCCAGACAGAAUUUGAAGUGGAUGAAAAUGUUCCUCCCAAGUCUGUUCCUGGGAGCAAAGCAAGCAAAAUCCCCAGGCCUGUUAAGACAAAUCAAAAGAGCAAUAAAAAACAGACAGGGGGCCUUCAAAAAGAAGGGCAAGGUGAGGUUGACAACAACAUGAAUGCUUUGAAAAAAGAAGUCUCUUGCAAACCCAGGCCUCAGAUGAAGAGGAGCAGCUCUCAACCUCCAGAGACUGAUUCUCUGGCCAGAAAAAGUGAUGAUGCCAAAGUUCUCAUUGGAAGUUCCACAGAACCUGCAUCCAAGCAAACUGUCCUGAUGGGGAAGUUUUCCUGCAUUACACAUCUGCUGUCUGAGCCAGAUGCUUUUCUGGACGAGCAGCUACCAGACAUAUCACUUGCAGAUAGUGUUACAGACCUUUCACACAGUCUUGAAUCCUCUCAUGUGAGCAGUUCUGCAGUUCUGCCUGUCAGCUCCAGACUUACAGAAGUACCAGUUUCCAAGAGCUUAAGUACUGAGGACAACCAAAUGCCAGCAAAAUCCCAUGCUUGGUUGAAAAACUCCCUGAUAUUUAAAGAAAAGACUGAAGAGGACAUACCUGGGGAAAGGAAUCAAGUCCAGUCAAGUUCUUGGAGCUCAUCUUCACAGAAACCUGAUAUCAGGCCACUACAGGACUUGAACAAUACCAGGGUUCUGUCUCUCUCUGGCUCAGAGGAAGCAUCAGGGCGCUCAUCCAGGCGGAAACUGAAGCCAACGUGCUACAAAGAGCCAUCAAUCAACAGGAAACUGAGACAGGGUGACCCAUUUACAGACACCAAGUUCCUCCACUCUCCUCUCUACAAAAGAAAAAAGAAGCCUGGCAAUGCCAAGGGAAUGACCAAGAAGAUGAAAGAGGACAAAGAAUGGCUUCCUGAAGGAUGUCUUGGUGACAAAGCAACAGAAAGGAGUCAGAAUUAGAGUAGUGGUUUAAAGGCAGCCCCCAAGCUCCUAGAAGCUCGUGUGUUCAGCUGCAAGGCUCCAACUUUGAAUGCAGAGGCACAAGCUGACCAGGCAGCUGAACUACUCCAAGGCAACCCAAGGACCAAUUUGUCAAAUCUAGCCUUGUACUGUGGAUUUCUUCUGUUUUCAAAUCUUUGGGACUCAUAGGGUGGGGAAAGUGGUUGAUACAAAUUGAUGGAUGUCUGUUUUAAUGAUGGGCAUGGCUCUUUUGUGCUGUAUGAACAGCCCCUAGCUAUCUUCUGCUUCCUUCCUGUUCUCUCCCCGUCUGCCAUGUAAAGCUCCCUGCAGCAGAAGAUCUCUAUACCAAACAACAUUAAGGAAUAUUUGAAACAUGGGAUGUGUAGGACCUAAGCAUGUCGUCUCAAACAUUCUGAGUGUUGCUACAGAAAAUGUGAUCAGAGGAGAGGGUCCUGUGGGACAGAGCUGUUUAAAAACAUCUCCCCUUUUCCUAUGACUCCUUGCCCUUGUUAUAAAGUACCACCUUCAGCCUUCUUGUAGCUCCUUGAGGUACUGGAAGGUGCGAUAAAGUUUUUUUUAGCACCUUGUUUUCCAGGCUGAACAACCUCAGCUCUCAGUCUGUCUUCAUAGGAGAGGUAUAUUGCUGUCCUCGCUGUACUCAGAGGACUAUAGAAGAUGGAAACUUCAUUAAUAGAGGAAGAAUAGUGUCAUCUGCAGUCAGGUAAAUGCUACUACAUAGCUUACAUUUAAGCUGUACUGUUAAGUUGAAACUAGGAAACAAAAAGCCUGAGAUUCAAAAAUGCCCUUUUACCUUAUUAUUUGUUUGUUUUCUGGAAGUUACCAAGCUUUCUCUGGUACUCUGUAACUCUGGAAGCCAGGUAGGAGCUAGUUAAUAACAGGGAAUUUGUUAUAGGUGCUGUUGUAUUAGAACAUGCCUGUGUUGACCCACUGAUGUCAGAAGCCAGGCAGGAACAUAGAUCUCCAGCUGUUCCCAGUAAUUGUUUUCAUUGCCUCUAUGGAUCAAAAAUGGGACUUUUUCCAGCUGCAUUUAUGUGUUUGUACUAAUAACAGAAUAGUAUAUUGUAUUAAUUCACAUUGAAGGUACAGAGACAGCUGGUAACAGUUACAGAGCUGUGCUUCAAACACAUGGCAAUACCAGCUCCUUUAGUCUAACAUUGGUAUCUCCAUCCUAAUCACCACCUAUAUGAGUCAGCUGGAGGGGGAGAGUUUGUUCAUGUGUUUGUUCAGUUUCUGUUUUGCUGAGUGAUGAUGUAUUUGUUUGUAUUACUUCCCAAAUAAAAUUUCAAUGCAAGUGGUAUUUUUGAAUUCUUGUGUACUACCUGAUGCUUACCAUAACACUACAUGUAACACCUUUGCCUAGGCCAGAACAAAUUAAAACUCUAUU